CAGUGUAGUAAAGAGCAGAAGCCGGCUGAGCUCGAGCUCCUCUGCGUCGACUCCCCACGUCCUCCCCAUCUCCAAAUGCGCUAAUUUCUCUGUAAUUAAAACCGACGUCUCAGCCCUUUUCUCGACCCGAAGCCCACCGGACACCGAAGCUCAGACAUGGCAACCUAUCAGGAGUUCAUCCAGCAGAAUGAAGACAGGGACGGGGUGAGGUUCAGCUGGAACCUCUGGCCCUCCAGCCGCCUGGAAGCCACCAGAUUAGUGGUGCCCGUCUCCUGCCUCUUCACGCCGCUGAAGGAGAGACCCGACCUGCCGCCGGUCCAGUACGAGCCGGUCAUGUGCAGCCGCUCCAACUGCAAGGCUGUACUCAACCCGCUGUGUCAGGUGGACUUCAGGGCAAAGAUAUGGGCGUGCAACUUCUGCUUCCAGAGAAACCCAUUUCCUCCUUCUUAUUCGGGCAUAUCCGAGGUGAACCAGCCAGCUGAACUCAUGCCACAGUUUUCCACCAUUGAAUACAUAGUACAGCGUGGACCUCCAGCGCCUCUCAUCUUCUUGUACGUGGUGGACACGUGUUUGGAAGAAGAGGACCUGCAGGCUCUCAAGGAGUCCCUGCAGAUGUCCCUCAGUCUGCUGCCGCCCAACGCCCUGGUGGGACUCAUCACCUUCGGGCGCAUGGUGCAGGUGCACGAGCUCAGCUGCGAAGGCAUCGCCAAGAGUUACGUGUUCAGGGGCACCAAGGACCUUUCCUCCAAACAGAUCCAGGAGAUGCUGGGGUUAACGAAGCCAGGAGCUCCGGCGCAGCAAGGUCGCCCCGUGGCCCCUCAGGAUGCCGCCGCCUCUUGCAGGUUCCUUCAGCCGGUCCACCGAGUUGACAUGAACCUGACGGACCUGCUGGGAGAGCUGCAGAGAGACCCCUGGCCCGUCCCCCAGGGCAAACGGCCGCUGCGCUCCACCGGCGUUGCGCUGUCUGUCGCCGUUGGCCUUCUGGAGGGUACGUUCCCCAACACGGGGGCUCGUGUGAUGCUUUUCAUCGGGGGGCCGCCCACCCAGGGGCCCGGCAUGGUGGUGGGAGACGAGCUGAAAACCCCCAUCCGCUCCUGGCACGACAUCCAGAAGGACAACGCUCGCCAUCUGAAGAAAGCCACCAAGUACUACGAAGCCAUGGCGAACCGAUCGGCGGUGAACGGUCACAGUAUUGACAUCUAUGCAUGCGCCCUGGAUCAGACGGGACUGCUGGAGAUGAAAUGUCUGUCCAAUCUCACCGGGGGACACAUCGUGAUGGGAGACUCCUUCAACACCUCCUUGUUCAAGCAGACUUUCCAGAGAGUCUUCAGUAAGGAUUACAACGGAGACUUCCGCAUGGCCUUCGGCGGCGUCAUGGAGGUCAAGACAUCGAGGGAGCUGAAGGUUUGCGGGGCCAUCGGACCGUGUGUGUCCCUCAACUCCAAAGGCUCGUGUGUUUCGGAGAACGAGAUGGGCAUCGGGGGCACGAGCCAGUGGAAGAUCUGCAGCCUCAACCCUUCCACCACCCUGGGAGUUUACUUUGAAGUUGUCAACCAGCACAAUGCUCCGGUGCCUCAGGGCGGCCGAGGAGCCGUCCAGUUCGUCACUCAGUACCAGCACUCCAACACACAGAGGCGGAUACGGGUCACCACCAUCGCCAGGAACUGGGCGGACGCGCAGUCGCAGAUCCAGCACAUCGAGACGUCGUUCGACCAGGAGGCGGCCGCGGUGCUCAUGGCCCGCCUGGGCGUGUUCAGGGCGGAGUCGGAGGAGGGCCCUGACGUGCUCCGCUGGCUGGACAGGCAGCUCAUCCGCCUGUGUCAAAAGUUUGGCCAGUUCAACAAAGACGAUCCGACGUCCUUCAAGCUGUCAGAGUCGCUGUCGCUGUACCCGCAGUUCAUGUUCCACCUGCGGCGGUCACCCUUCCUGCAGGUGUUCAACAACAGUCCGGACGAGUCCUCGUAUUACCGGCACCACUUCGUCAGGCAGGACCUGACCCAGUCUCUGAUCAUGAUCCAGCCCAUCCUCUACUCCUACUCCUUCUAUGGACCACCAGAGCCGGUCCUCCUGGACAGCAGCAGCAUCCUGCCCGACCGAAUCCUUCUGAUGGACACUUUCUUCCAGCUGGUCAUCUACCACGGAGAGACUAUCGCCCAGUGGAGAAAGGCAGGCUACCAGGAAAUGGCAGAGUAUGAGAACUUCAAGCAGCUGCUCCAGGCUCCUCUGGACGACGCUCAGGAGAUCCUGCAGACGCGCUUCCCCAUGCCGCGCUACAUCGACACGGAGCACGGAGGCUCCCAGGCCCGAUUCCUGCUCUCCAAAGUCAACCCGUCUCAGACCCACAACAACCUGUACGCCUGGGGACAGGAGACGGGAGCCCCGAUCCUGACGGACGACGUCAGCUUGCAGGUCUUCAUGGACCACCUGAAGAAACUGGCCGUUUCCAGCUCGGCGUGAGACGGCGCCACUUUCCUCCUCGGCCACCGGGAUCCAGUAACAUUUCCCCAGGUUCUCCUGAAGGAGCCCCCGCGUCCACGGGCCCCCCACCCCCACCGUGCGCUCGCCUGAUUUUACUUCUCAGCCAUGAGACUCGUGUGACUUUUACCCGUCUGAAAGAAUCGAGGAAGAGGAGAAACGCCACAUUCCUUUAAACAAGCGCGAGCAUCUCCACUCAGUAACGUAGAACCUGACUGUACACAUGAGCAAUAUCAUCAUGUCUGAUUCAGUUUUAUAUUUGAUGUCUUGUCUGACACGCAGAAUGAUUUGACACAUAAUUUAAUUAGUUUUUGUUUGUCCCUAAAAUGUGUGUCUCCUGCUUUGGACUCAUUGAAAGUGCUGUUUAAUAGGCCGCUUGUAUCUGUUUGCUUUGUCCUUUUUUUUUGUAAGAUAAUAAUAAAAUUGCUCUUUAAUAAAUUAUAAUGUUUAGUUAAGAACCUCUGAGGAUUAUCCAGUGAAAUGUUUUUCCACGAGCAUUCCCCUCUCUGAAUAAUGAGGAUUUGAUGUUCUGAGGAAUGGAAGUCAAUCACCGCGGCUCAACUGAGGCCGACUGUUUUCAAUGACGAGCAUUUAAUUUGUUUUUUAACUCUGACUCGUUGGGGCACUUCAUCCUGUUUUCGUCACCAUCUGGUAUUUUGCGCCCGCCGACGGCCCAAAAGUCUCUGUAAUCACACUUCAGUAGUCUGUAUAGAAGUGAUGGCUUGAUCUGGAUUCCUGAAGUGACCCGUCGAAAGGUCUGCGGAAACUGUUUUAAGUUUGAGUCUUUCUAGGUGUUGAAUGCAGAGCAUGUAGAUCGGAUGAUGCAGACGAAGGGGGAGGGGAGGGGUGGGGCGUCCGAGCCAUUAGAUCCACUAAAUACGAGAAUAUCUGACAACAAAGCAUCAUCUUGCAUGUUUUUAAGACGUUUUGUCCGACGACCCCGUUUUAAAUUGUGACCUUUCAAACGGGACGGUUAGAGGUACGCUCAAGAGCAUGUUCGGAUACACUGGAAAAAUAAGCUAUUUUCAAAUAAAAGGAAAAAAACACUUGUA